AGCGUGAAUCGCAGCGUAUAACAAUUCCUCUCUGGCUUUGCGUCCAGGCUGACAUUGAAAUACAACCGCCACCAACAUGUCGAACCUAGACAGCUGGGAGCAAGACGAGGAUGCUCAGCAGCCGCAGCAGCCGCAGCAGGGCAGUGGCAUGCGAGCAGAUGGCAACACAUUCCAGCCCGGAGCCAUGAGCUUUCAGCCCACCGCGCAGAGCUUCCAACCUGGAAUGCAGCAUUACGGCGGUUACGGCCAGUAUCCCCAGUACAAUCAAGCAUACAACCAGAAUUUCGGGCAAGGUGGAUAUCCGCAAUAUGCCCAACAGCCCUAUGCACAACAGGGUUUCCCUCAAUACGGACAGCAAAUGUAUGGGCAGCAGUACGGCAAUUUUGUCCCCCAACAGACUUAUCAGCACCCGAAUGUCGGCAGCCAGCAGAGAGCCCAAGCACCUGUUACCAUUGCAAAACGUGGGGAUGGCACAGAGGAAGGAACAGCUGCCUCUGCUGCUGCCCCUAAGACAGCAGCUGCUUCGGGCGACUCAGUGGCUCCAAAAAUGAAGACACUCAGCAUAACCGCCGACCCGCCAAAGCCUAAGGUUGAGAGCACUGGAACGACAAAAGUAAUGAGCAUCGGUGUACCCACACAGCCAAAGGAUGCAAAGGGUCCUAAAGCGGCAGAGGCGGGCGCCAAAGCAACCGCGACAAAGGCGAUUGAAAAGACUGGCGAGCCUACCGGCAAGACCUCCCCAACUCCGUCCUCGGGCCGGGAGUCACCUUCUCGUGCAACUACGGGAUCUUCCAAGGCAGCAGUUAGCUCGAACGCCGUACAGAUCGAGAUGGAGUCAGCAGCCAACGCCGAGAUUUUGAAGGAGAUGGACCUGAAGGAACACGUGAACGUCAUCUUUCUGGGCCACGUCGAUGCUGGAAAGUCUACACUUGGUGGCUCAAUUCUGGUGUCAACUGGAAUGGUCGAUGAGCGAACAUUGGAGAAAUUUAAGAGAGACGCUAAAGAGGCGGGUAGAGAGACUUGGUAUUUGUCGUGGGCUCUAGAUUUGACCAAGGAAGAACGUGCAAAAGGCAAGACUGUCGAGGUCGGCAGAGGAUUUUUUGAGACGGACAAACGGCGCUACUCAAUCUUGGAUGCUCCAGGGCACAAGAACUUCGUACCAAAUAUGCUGGGAGGUGCUGCUCAAGCGGACAUUGGUGUACUCGUCAUCUCCGCACGGAAAGGCGAAUUCGAAACGGGCUUUGAGAGAGGAGGUCAGACCCGAGAACAUGCCAUGUUAGCAAAGACGCAGGGUGUAAACAAAUUGGUGGUUGUCAUCAACAAGAUGGACGACCCGACUGUGGAGUGGUCAAAGGCACGAUACGAUGAGGUCAUUUCCAAGAUUACGCCGUAUUUGAAGGGAAUCGGAUACCAUCCCAAAAACGAUCUGUUCUUCAUGCCUGUGUCAGCGCAGACAAUGACCGGUAUCAAGGACCGAGUGCCAAAGGAGACAGCGUCAUGGUGGGAAGGCCCAUCACUACUCGAGUACCUGGACAACAUGCAAGCACUCGAGCGCAAGGUCGCCGCACCGUUGAUGAUGCCAAUCGCUGCAAAAUAUCGUGACCUUGGAACUAUGAUUGAGGGUAAGAUUGAAGCCGGCAUCCUUGACAAGACGAAGACCUAUCUUAUGAUGCCAAACCGCGAACAAAUCUCUAUCGCCGCUCUUUACGGGGAGCAAGAGGAUGAGAUUGAAGGUGGAAAAGCCUUUGCUGGCGAUCAGGUGCGCCUACGUAUCCGUGGCGUGGAGGAAGAAGAUAUUCUACCGGGAUUUGUGCUUUGUUCGACGAUGAGACCUGUCAAUUACGUCUCCGCAUUUCAAGCGCAAGUUCAUAUUCUCCCGGAACUCAAGUCCAUUCUCUCAGCUGGGUACAAUUGUGUCAUGCAUGUUCACACGGCACAAGUCGAAGUAACGUUCAGCGCGCUGCUACAUAAACUGGAGAAGGGAACGGGUAGAAAAAGCAAGAAGCCCCCAGGUUUUGCGACAAAGGGUAUGCAGAUUAUUGCCAGGCUUGAGGUCAUUGGUGGCACAGGUUCAGUGUGUCUAGAACGUUACGAGGAUUAUGCACAAAUGGGUCGAUUCACACUUCGUGACCAAGGAACUACGAUCGCUAUUGGAAAGGUUCUCAAGUUGGAGAGCUCAGAGUAGCUGUGGACCUGUGAUCUUCUGCAACGUGAUCAUUGUGGUCUGGCCUUUUCAAGCUGCGAAAGGACGCUGCACUAGCUAUUAGGAGGACAACACUGCCUCAGAUGUGCCAUUUGCAUAGUAGGGCAUUAUGCCGUCCCGCUUGCAAAACUGCGAUCGCAAAUAUAAAGAAACUAUGUAGCUGCAUUACCAAUAUAGAGAAAAACACAUGUCCACAUGUAAACUUGACCGA